AUGUCUGAACGUGAAAAAGGAGGCAAAGGACGAGGUAGAGGAGGCGCUAAACGCCAUCGUCAAGUGUUCGAGAACAGCAUGCAAGGGAUCACCAAGCAGGCAAUUUGUCGUUUGGCUCGUCGCGCUGGAGUGAUGCGCAUCUCAGGGCUUGCAUAUGAAGAAAUUCGGGAAGUUCUGAAGGUGUUCCUCAACAACGUGAUACGUGAUGCGAUGAUCCACUGUGUACAGGCGAGGAGAAAGACCGUAACGGCUGUGGAUGUGGGCUAUGCUCUGAAGCGCCGUGGGCUUACGCUGAACUGUUUCGGAGGAUAG